AUGUUUGAGGAGGCAUGGCAAACAGAAGAUGUCUAUCAAGAGUGGCAGGUGCAGAGGAAGGAAGCAGCAAGGGCCAGAAUUAUGGAUCCAUACCUUGUUCAAAUCAUAGGGCUAUUUCAAGGUCAAGUAAUAGACAAACCAGAGCAAGAUAUAUUAGAGACUGAGUACACUAGUGGAGGAAAAGUUGAGAACAAGAUCUUCAUGAUUGGUGGAAUCCUUCUUGUCAUCACCAAAUUCAAUCUUGAGAUAAGUCUGGAGGACAAUGUGGCACAACUUUUUGUUGAAAUUCUGGGUUGGUACCCAGCUGCAGCCAAAGUGAACAAGACAGUGGAUCUUGAGGAUCAACACAUAUAUGGCCUUCUUACUGACCUCAUUGACUUCCAUUUCUACUGUUAUGAUCCUCUUGCCAAAGAAUUUGCAUUUGAUGAGACCCUAGUUGUGGGCAUUACAAGAGAUGUUGCAUACACUGACAUGAUCCCAGUUGGUAACAAGAUAUUCAGUGUGAUCUUGACUGCAUAUAUUGAAGGUCUGGAAGCAAUGACAUUGAAGAGCAUAGAAAUGAAAGAGAAAGGGGAUGUUUCCUCCUCUCCAGGCUCUGCAUCUAUUCAACAGACAUGGGCACAGAAGGCACCAUCCAAGCCAGUGCCUCUGCAGCCACAUACUCAUGGUAGGUGGUGGGCAUCAACCAACUGCUGCUGGGAGGUUGCACUACAGCUUGCACAGCAGUGCUGUGAUAAGUUCAAGGAGCCAGUCAAAACAGUUGAUGGUAUUCAAAAGAAUUCAACUGCAGCAUUGGAAUUGUUGGCCAAGAGUGUCUGGUCAAUCCCUCGUGCUUCAAGUCUCACAGGAGCAGCUGGCCCUUCUUCUACUGAAGAAAUCAAAGAUCUGGCUCAUCAUAUGGUUCACACAAAAUACCUCAAUAUGAUCAAUGACUCUUAG